AUGUCUUCAAGAUUAGCAGAGAAUUACAAACAACUUUCGGAAAUUCUUGGAAACAGAAUCAGCCUACCAACAACCGAGUCUUCAAGUGAUGAUGAAGAAGAGGAACAAGAUGACAACAAACUCUUGGACAAGAAUGACUUGAACUCUGAGCUUAAAAAGUCCAAGCUUAACAAAGCUUUUUUGAAAUGUGUUUCCAGUGGAGAUCUCGAAAAGGUUUCUGGCUAUCUUUCAAAUGAUGCCACCAAGGAAUUUAUUGAUAUCAAUGAGAAAGACGAAGAUGGUACCACACCUUUGAUCUACGCUGCGUGCUUUGGAAAAUUCGAAAUUGCUCAAGCAUUAUUAGCAGCGGGCGCAAACAUUGAUGAUCAAGACUCACAUGGUUGGUCAGCCUUGAUGUGGGCCACUACAAAUAAUAAUGAGAAAAUCGUCAAAUUACUACUUGAAAAUGGUGCUUCUUCACAAACAAAAUCUUCUAAAGGCAGAACAGUAUUUGAUUUCGUAAAGAAUGAUACACAUAAAAUCGCAGAUAUGGUAUUAGCAUCUACUACUUCAAAUCGUGAUAGUAUUUCAUCUACAUCUAGUAUCACCGGUUAUACUGCAGCUGAUAGUACCUCUUCUACUUCCUCAAAUGCUGGUGAUAAUGAUCGUUACUAUGGAUACUCGACUGAUGAACAUUAUGAUUCAUUCAUCAAACAUGAUAAUGAAUGUAAACCUGAAUUAAUUGAAGAAUUCCUGAGAAACCAAAAUGAGGACGACGAUGACGAUGAAUAUGAUGAGGAUUAUGAUGAAGAUGAUGAGUUCUCAUUUGAAGAACGAACAGAGAGAAUGAAGCCAUUCGAUUGGGAUAGGUGUAUGCCUGAUCAGAUGUUUGUGUUCGGUGCAGAAAGACUUCCUCACAUUCUUGAUAGUAUUAUAACCCCCAAUACACCACCCGGGAAACCAGAUACAUUUACGCCUGCCAAUGUCAUCUUUCUCAGUGCUAGAUUUGCUCAUUAUUUCUCAAGUGCUGAGUUGGCCGAAGAUGUAAUGGAAGGCGCUUUACAAAGAAUAAGCGCUGAAUUGAAGGGUAAUACUCAAAAUGUGCAUAUUUUAUCUUAUUGGAUGGCAAAUAUUACAAGAUUAUUGUAUUAUCUUAAAAAGGAUGCUGAACUUAUGGUUGCAACUGCAGAAUAUCAAUUAAGAUUAUCAGAAUUAAUAUCAGAAACAUACAACUACAUCGUCAAUGAUAUUGGUAAACGUAUCACUUAUAUACUGGAAUUAUCCAUGUUAGAAUUUGAUCCAUUUUCUGGUAUGAUGGGCGAGGUCAAUUUUGUUGAUGAUUGGCAAAGAUUCUUCAGAAGAAGCUCUACAAGUAUGCAACGCAAUAAUAGCAGUCAGUUAUCGUCGACAAAGAGUGAUGUUAUAAUCCCAUCACCUAAUACAAUUAUUCACCUCUUCUCGACAACGUAUAGUGUAUUUCAGUUAUAUGAAGUUCAUUCGACCAUCAUUAUUCAAGCAUUAGCUCAGUUCCUUCACUUUUUAUCAUGCGAAUUAUUUAAUCAUAUCUUAUCCAAGAAAAAGUACUUAUGUAGAUCCAAAGCUGUUCAAGUUCGUAUGAAUCUAUCAUAUAUUGAAGAAUGGAUUAGAGAUGAAAAAUUACCUUCAAGUUUAAUCUCAUAUCUUAACCCUUCUAUCCAACUUGUUCAAUUCUUACAAUGCCUGUCUCAAUUGGAUACUGUUGAAAGUUUCCAAUCCACCAUCAAAAUGUUUGAUUCCAUCAAUACUCUUCAAAUAAGACGAUGCGUUUUUAAUUAUCGAUAUGAAACAAACGAACAAAGAAUUCCUGAAGAAAUUGAGAGAUUUGUUCAACAAACUGUCGACGAAACAAUCAGAGCAAAACAAGCAAGACAAUCAAGAUCUUUUGAAAGAAGACAUGAGCAUGACAAAGAAACAAACGAAACAAAAGAUUCAAGAUUUAUGUUACCAUUCUUUAUUCCAACCACAGCUCAAUUAUCUGUUACAAAUGAUCACUUUUCAUUAGUACCAGUUAUACCUGAUGAUUGGCUCCAAGAGCUUGACAACUCGGAAACAAAAUAA